AUGCCCUUGACCUUCACAUUUAUUCACAAACUUAGUCAGAGGAACUUUCAGUCUCACAAGCUCUAUUCAUGGGAACAAGUUCGAUUUAAUGGUUUCGGGAUUUUUCUCUUCACCAUUUAUCCUGGAGCAUUUGUUGAUCUAUUCACUACUCACUUACAACUUAUAUCACCAGUUCAGCAGCUGAGGAUAUUUUGUGCAGGUAUCUGGCAUAAUUUCACCCUUGCGCUCUUGGGCAUUUUAGCUCUUGUUCUCCUUCCAGUAAUUUUCUUGCCAUUGUACUAUGCUGGAGUUGGGGUGCUUAUCACUGAAGUGGCUGAGGACUCACCUGCCAUUGGACCCAGAGGCCUUUUUGUGGGAGACCUUAUCACCUAUCUACAGGAUUGUCCUGUCACUAAUGUGCAAGAUUGGAAUGAAUGUCUAGAUAAUAUAGCCUCUAAGCCUCAGAUUGGAUACUGUAUAAGUACAUCAACUUUACAGCAAUUAAGCAUCCCUGUUAGAGCAUACAAACGGCUAGAUGGUUCAAAUGAAUGUUGCAACAAUCACAGCCUCACAGAUGUGUGCUUCUCCUACAGAAAUAAUCUUAAUAAACGUUUGCACGGAUGUCUGCCUGCCCGGAAAGCAGUUGAAGCCACCAAAGUUUGUAGGACCAAUAAAGAUUGUAAAAAAGGAUCAACUGCAAGUUUCUGUAUAGUGCCAUCUUUGGAAAUUCACACUCGCUUAAUGAAAGUGAAACAUUCGUCUCAAAUUGAUACAUUGUACAUAGGACAUCCACUGCACCUUCACUACAUGGUAAGCGUAACCAGUUUUAUCCCUCGUUUCAACUUUCUAAGCAUAGAUCUGCCAGUGAUUGUGGAGACAUUUGUCAAGUACCUGAUUUCCCUGUCAGGAGCUCUGGCUAUUGGUAAUGCAGUGCCCUGCUUUGCUUUGGAUGGACAGUGGAUUUUAAACUCUUUCCUGGAUGCCACGCUUGCCUCAGUGAUUGGAGAUAAUGAUGUCAAAGAUCUGAUAGGAUUUUUCAUUUUGCUUGGUGGCACUGUACUUUUGGCUGCCAAUGUUACACUGGGGCUCUGGAUGGUUGCAGCAUAGUAAUUGCACUCAUAUGCUGGAAUCUAACUUACAAUACAUAGCUA